GUAAAUUAUAUCAACUGCAUGAAGGAGCCACACCUAGCAUGGCUGAGCCCAACAACAACUCGCGCGCAGAUUGCAACCUCGCCAGGCUCACGCCUGAGCUCAUCCAGCGAGUCGCAAGCUUUCUCCAUCCGAACGAGGUCACAAACAGCUUGAAACUUGUCAAUAAAGAGAUCGCUGCGAGCCUUCGCCGCGACUACAAAACCUUCAACCUGCGUCGUGCCGCGGUCCCGGCGCUGUUCUGCCCUACGCUCUUCAAACGGACGUGUCUGGGGCUCGUCCUGCCCCCACUCGCGCUGCAGCCCUGGCCAGGUGCUAGCUUCGUGUGGCAAUGGGGCCGCCCCGAGCCCUGGCGCGUCCUGACUCGGCGCCAGCGGCAGCGGCUGCUGUGCCUAGCAGCCUCCAGCCACCACGGCCCCAGCCUGGACGCGGCGUUGGCGCACUGCGGGGCGCUAGCCGUGGCGGAGGCGCUCGCGGCGGCGGCGGCCGUGGGCGACGUGGAUGCCUGCGAGCGGCUGCUGAAUGAGGAGGGCUGCGAGUGGGAUGCAGUGGUUGUUUGGAGCGCCGCGAUCAUGUCUGGGCAGCUCGGCGUGUGCCGCUGGCUUCAGGAGAACGGCGUCGAGGCGGUGGCGGCACAGGCGCCGGGCCCAGAUACCUUCCUGUCGCUAAGGUUUAAAGCCCUGGUAUCGCAUGUGGAAGUCGUGGCCUGCUUCUGCGGCCAGCGAGAGCUACUCGGCAUGCUGCAGGCGCCGGGGGGCACCGGCGCAAGCACCGGCGCAGCAGGAAUGGGGCUCGCUGCUUCCGGCGGCCCGCAGGCGCACGCAGCAGGGCUGGCAGCCGCGGCUGCGGAGGGCGGGCAGGUGGAAUUGUUGGAGCUGCUGCAGCUGCUGGGAGAACUGGCGGUGUUGCCGAUGAGCAAUAACGACAACGACCACCACUUCAUCACGUUGGGUGUGGCCUACGGCUGCCCCUUAGAGGUGCUGCAGCGGUGCUGCGAGCGGGCGUUCGGCGGCGGCGCGGAGGACGGCGCGGCAGAGGGCGUGGGCGCGGGCGCGGGCGGGGGAGGCGCGGAGGGCGGCCUGCAGGCGGCAUUGUCCGUUCGCCACAGCCGCCGGCAGCAGCUGCUGCUUCGAGCAGCCACCAGCCCCACACCCGACUGGGCGGCCAAAUGCGAGUGGCUGCUGUUGGGCUGGGGCUCGGAGCCCCGGCAGUGGUCCACUGACGAGGCCGCUCUCGAAGCAGGUUUACUCCGACAGCUCUGGCGCCACGUGGCUACACGCCCCGGCUAUGCGCAGCGGCUGCAGUGGCUGGCGGCUCGGGGGCUGCCGUUGCCUGAUGCAGCGUUGGAGGCGGCGGGCUGGGCCGGCGACCUGGCUGCGGUGGAGUUUUGCUUGGCGGUAGAGGAGGAGGCGGAGCUGGUGCUUCCGAAGAUUCUGGCAACUGCGGCGCUGGCGGCUGGGCAGGUGCCGGUGCUGCGGUUGCUGCGGGGGCGGGGCGGGGCUGUGAUAUGCGGGUUCCUGGUCAAGAGCGCGGUGUUCGAGUGCGUCUACGGGGAUGCGGGCUGCAGCGCCUUCCCGUGCCUGCCCGCGCUGAGGUACCUGGCGAUGGAGGGCGGGCCGGACAUGGAGGUAGAAGGGGAGCCCGUGGACUGGUCCGAGGUGUUCACCAGCGUGGCGCUGCAUGGGGCAGACCUGGCCUUCCUUCGCAUCCUGCACGAACAGCGCGGCGCGGCGGUCGACCCCAAGGCUGUGGCUGGGGGCGGCAGCGAGGAGCAGAUGGAGUGGGCCCUGGCGCAGCCAAGACCGGCGCCGGGCCCGGAGCACGUGGCCGCCGACCAGGCCGACCACGCGGAGCUGUUUGAAGCCGCCCUGGUUGCGGGCAACUGGUCCCCUGCGCACUGGCUGCUCCGACGGCACGGCGCCGACACGCCACAGCAGCAGCAGCAGCAGCAGCAGCAGCAGCAGCAGCAGCUGUUGCAGCAGGCGUUCUGUGACGUUGCAGAACGCCUGGGUGGCGCCACUGCCAUGUCCACGGUCGUGCCAACGCUGUGGCACCUGUACCGCUGGUGUGACAUGCAGUGGAGCAGGAAGUGUCGGCGUGCGCUGCGGAAGUGCGCGGCACAGGCCGGGCACCUUGGGAGGCUGCGUGUGGUGAGCGGGCAGGCGCGGCAGAUGCGGGAGAUGCUGCGGGAUGCGGACGCGGCGCUGGCGGUCGGCCGCUGUGGCGGCGGGGCGCGGAGGGAGUCGGUUGUGAGCGAGGAGGAAGGGAGCGAGGAGAGCGAGGAGGGAGGGAGUGAGGAGGACGAGGAGAGCGAGGAGUGAGCGAGUGGGGAGGAGUCAGCAGAGGAGGGACAGGAGGAGGAGGGCGGGGCAUAGGCGAGAGGGCGUGCGACAACAUGAUGAUGCGAUACGGCAGUACGCGGCAAGGACUGUCCGGUGAGGCGGACCACUGCCGGCCCAUGCGGCACCCAUGCGGCCGCGGGUUGGUAACCUGGUGUUGACGUGAUAAGCCGGGGCGGGGGGAAAGGAGGGCAAAACCUAGUCAUUCCAUGCAAGAGUUUGCAGAGGAGCACAUGUUGGCUGCUGGCGUGGCCCCGGCGUGAGUCAAAGCAACGCCGAUCCAGGGGAAAUUGAUGUUGCCAAGGACGUUGCGGUUCUUAGUCGUUCAGGCAUUCGGUCGGUGUCCAGCUGUGCGCCCACUGCAUCGGAUGUGAUCCUGUUGUAUCUCUGUUGUUGUUGGUUGCAAGGCAAUGUGCACGAGCAUGCGUGCUAUCCUGACCCCAUAAGUACCAGUGGCCCGGGCCGGUGGGCCCGUAUGAUGCCAGGCUGGUGUGGGCUGGGGCAAGGGCGGGGGCCACUGGGCGACUUGAGAGACGC